UGUGAUUAAAGUUCGGUCUCCCAAGAGGGACAACGAGGGUCACUGGCGAUAGGAAAAGCUAUGCAGAUAUCAAAUGCAACAUUCUCGGGGAUAUGUUAGUUGUGACUGGAGAGUCAACUGCCAGACCAGUGCAGUCGAUCCAGAAAGAUCUGUUGACAGUCUGCGGGGUGACGGAAGUUGCCUGCCUGCAUCUUCAACAGUAAACUUAUGGGUCUGUUUUACGCUGAGACUCGCUAGAGUGGAGGGUUUUGGAAAACCGGCCUCCAUGUUAACACAGACCGGCACCAGCGGUUAUGUCCUCCACCUACAUGUCAACAUCCCCUGGUUGUGGUGGUGGUGGUGAUGCUGCAGCUGCCAUGGCAACACAGGCGUCUGAGCAGGCUCUGCUGGCCUCAGACCGCUACGCCAGACUCAUCCUGGCCCAGAUGAACAAGAUGCGUCUCCGCACCGAUUUCUGUGAUGUGGGGCUGAAGGUUGGCUGCAAGGUCUUCAGGGUCCACCGACUGGUGCUUGCUGCUAGCAGCCCUUACUUCUCCGCUCUGUUUUCCGGGGGAAUGAGGGAGGCGGAUAAAGAGGAGGUGCAGAUCCUUGGAGUAGAGACUGAAGUCUUUGAGGUUUUGCUGGACUUCAUAUACACAGGCGUGAUCAGUGUUACAGUGGAGAACGUCCAGGAGCUGAUGGUGGCAGCAGACAUGCUGCAGCUGAACGAGGUGGUGUCCAUCUGUGGAGAGUUUCUCAAGGGCCACAUGGACCCGUCCAACUGUGUGGGCAUCUUUCAGUUCCUGGAGCAGAUUGCCUGCAUGGACAUGCUGGAGGUUACUGAGAACUACAUCCAAGUUCACUUUCUGGAGGUGUGUGUCACCGAUGAGUUCAGGGCCCUGUCCAAGGAUCAGCUGGUGAGGCUGCUGAGAAGCGAAGAGCUAAGAAUUGAGGAUGAGUACCAGGUAUUCACUGCAGCCAUGGACUGGGUACUCCAAGAUGUGGCAAAGAGGAAAAAACACGUAGUGGAAGUGUUGGAACCAGUCCGCUUCCCUCUGCUAUCCCCACAGAGACUUAAGUACAUAGAGGGUAUUACAGAUUUCAGCCUGCGGGUGGCACUGCAGACUCUACUGAAGGAGUACACUGAAGUCACAAAGUCUCCCAAAGAAAAUAAGAUGUACAGUCAGCUGCAACCAGCCAAGAUGAGACCCAGAAGAAAAGCCAGGAAAUACCUCUAUGCCAUAGGAGGCUACACCCGGCUGCAGGGCGGCCGCUGGAGUGACAGUCGGGCAUUGAGCUGCGUGGAGCGCUUCGACACCUUUAACCAGUACUGGACCACCGUGUCGUCACUGCACCAGGCCCGCAGCGGGUUGGGGGUCGCAGUGCUGGAGGGAAUGAUCUAUGUGGUAGGAGGGGAGAAAGACUCAAUGAUUUUUGACUGCACUGAGAGAUACGACCCAGUGACCAAGCAGUGGGCCGCUGUGGCAUCUCUGAACUUUCCGCGCUGUGGAGUUGGGGUCUGUCCCUGCCACGGAGCUCUGUAUGCACUUGGUGGUUGGAUUGGCUCUGAGAUUGGGAAGACCAUGGAGCGGUACGACCCAGAGGAGAACAAGUGGGAGGUCAUCGGCAGCAUGGCAGUUCCUCGAUACUACUUUGGCUGCUGUGAACUACAAGGUUUAAUUUACGUGAUUGGAGGAAUAAGUGACGAAGGAAUGGAGCUGCGUUCAGCCGAGGUGUAUGACCCUAUCUCCCGCCGAUGGAGCGCCCUGCCCGUCAUGGUCACACGUCGAGCCUAUGUGGGCGUCGCCUGUCUCAAUAACUGCAUUUACGCGGUGGGCGGCUGGAAUGAGGCACUGGGUGCACUGGAGACGGUGGAGAAGUACUGCCCAGAAGAGGAGAAAUGGGUGGAGGUGGCCCCGAUGUCUACUGCUCGUGCAGGCGUGUCAGUGUCAGCAGUUAACGGGCUGCUGUACGCCGUCGGCGGCAGGGCCGCCAGUAGAGACUUCUCUGCCCCGGUGACAGUGGACUCUGUGGAAAUCUAUGACCCUCACCUGGAUACCUGGACUGAAGUUGGAAACAUGAUCACCAGCCGCUGUGACGGCGGGCUGGCCGUGCUCUGAUAGCCAGUAAAAUGUUCAUAUUGUGAGCGUCCAAAACGGCACGUGAAUCAUCCCAAAACUGCAUAUAGUGAAGAAAAGCCGCACCUUAAGAGACACAAAUGUAUGUUUCUGUCUCAAGUAGGCUUUCACGUGAGCAUAUGUUAUUUAUACAUGGAUUAGACAUGUUUUUAUUUGUCCACAUUUGACAUUUAUGGAACAUAUGACAGCAGAUCGAAAACUGCCAAAACUGCAUAUAUUGCUCAUCUGUGUCUUCUUUCAAUUCACGAAAUUCUUUUACAAGGAGUAUCAGUGAAAACACACUUCUUUUCCUCUCAUGUAUUUGAAGACAAAGCUAUCCUUGAGAUAAGGAUAUUUUUACAACAGAGGAAUUCUAUUUUGGAUGGACCAGAGUUUUUUUCUUUUGGGGAGCACUGCAAGCAGUUCUUGGAUAAGAUGUCAAAAGCCCAUGUUUUUUGUUGCUUUCUUUUUAUUUUCCCCUAAUGUUUGAGGUGAGUGCAUUGCUACUUUAAAGAUGUAUCAAACCACUCGAGCCUAUUUAAUAAUGGAACCAAAGUUCCAUGGGAAGUGAUUCCUGUAAAUAAUUGUAAACUUGAACAGCACACCACUGUUAGAUAAUGUUGGAGCUCAUCACAUUUGCAAGCGGAGUGAAGACGCACAGUAACAGUAUUUCCUAUCAUGUACUGUUAUUCCUUUGCAAAUAGCAGAAUAUUAAUGUUAAACAGUAAUAACAUUUUAUUGGUCACUUUUCAGAUUUAAUAAACAUGUGCUUGCUGGGUUUAAAAUGAACCUACAUUACCUCUCUCUUCAUUUAAGAUAUUUUAAAUAUAAUAACUUAAAAGAUGGCUCCAGAGAACCCUCCAUUGUAAACAUCACACGGAUUUUACACACACACACACAAAUGUUGACUGUAUACUUUUACAAAAAAGAUUUUCUGCAAUGUUCAAACAGGACAAUAUGGGAUCACUUACCUCCAGCUCUACCACUAAACUCAGCACUCAUGGAUUUACACUGAACAUUUAUGUUGACUGUUAAUCUCCAGUAACACUCCAUGUGAUUAAUUUAUGACUUUAUAGGUCGUGCACACUUUAAUAAAUGUUUAGGUCCCUAUCAUAUACUGUUGACUCCUCAGAAUAGAGUCAUAAGAGGCAGGGGGAGACAGAUCAGUCAGAAUGUCUUGUAAAAGUUAAUAACAGAACUGUACUAUGUACUUGUAUCAGUGUGGAGUACAUAACAAUAGAAAGGAAAGGUAUGCAAAUAGUCCCAAUGUAUAUCCAUUGUCUCCAAUUUGCACAUGUCAAAUUUCCAUGUUCAAACAUUUCAGUAAGGGUACUUCUUGUCUACUUUGCACAGCAAAGAAUGUGAUUCUACAAAUGUUUUCUGAUAAAUGAUAAAUGUUGAA